UAUGAACCCCAACAAGGCAGGCAGCAAAGAGUCAAGUUACUUCUGUUUCUCUAGCUCUAAACCAUGGAGACUGUGAGAGGUUUGGAAAGAGAUGUAGAGGAUUUGAGGGAGUAUUAUAGGCUUGGAAAGACGAAGGAAGCAUCUUGGAGGAAGUCACAGCUCAAAGGCUUGCUUACUUUCCUAAAGGAGAAAGAUCGAGAUAUCUUUAAGGUUCUUAAGCAAGACUUGGGAAAACAUCACAUUGAGGCUUUUAGAGAUGAGAUAGGAACCUUGAUAAAGUCACUGAAUUUAGCAUUGGAUUCUUUACAAGAAUGGAUGUCAGGCAGAAAGGCUACACUGCCACAAAUUGCUUUGCUCACCACUGCAGAAGUUGUUCCCGAGCCUCUUGGCCUUGUCCUCAUUAUAUCUUCUUGGAAUUUUCCCUUUGGACUGUCCUUGGAACCUCUGAUAGGGGCAAUAGCUGCUGGAAACACAGUGGUUCUGAAGCCCUCGGAAUUGGCUCCUUCAUGUGCUGCUUUUCUAGCAAAUAAUAUCCCAAUUUACAUGGACAAUAAUGCUGUCAAGGUUGUCCAAGGUGGACCAGCUGUUGGUGAACAACUCCUACAGCAGAAAUGGGACAAAAUCUUCUUUACAGGAAGUGCACGGAUUGGACGGCUUGUUAUGUCUGCGGCUGUGAAGCAUCUGACACCUGUUACUCUGGAGUUGGGUGGAAAAUGCCCUGCUAUUGUUGAUUCCCUUUCUAGUUCUUGGGAAACUAAGCUUGCUGCAAAGCGAAUUCUUAUGGCGAAAUGUGGGUCCUGUGCUGGUCAAGCAUGCAUUGCAAUAGAUUAUAUGCUUGCAGAAAAGAAAUCUACACCCACUUUGGUAGGGUACAUUAAGGCCAUGAUCAAGGAAAUGUAUGGAGAAAACCCAAAGGAAUCAUGCAGUAUUGGAAGGAUAGUAAACAAACACCAUUUCUUGAGAUUGAAGGAUCUUUUGAACGACCCCAGAGUUAAAGCUUCUAUUGUUUAUGGUGGUUCAUUGGACGAAGAUAACUUGUUCAUAGAGCCAACAAUCUUGGUGGAUCCCCCGCUUGAAGCAGCAAUCAUGACAGAAGAAAUCUUUGGCCCAUUGCUUCCAAUAAUUACAUUGGAGAAUAUUGAGGACAGUAUACAGUUCAUAAACUCAAUGCCUAAAGCACUUGCUAUUUAUUGCUUCACCAAAAAUAAAUCUCUAGAGAGAAGGAUUAUAUCCGAAACAUCAUCUGGAAGCAUCACAUUCAAUGAUGCCCUUGUUCAAUAUGCAGCUGACACCCUCCCAUUUGGAGGAGUUGGUGAAAGUGGGAUGGGAAGAUACCAUGGAAAGUUCUCGUUUGACACUUUCAGCCAUGAGAAGGCCAUAUUAAGAAGAAGUUUCCUGACUGAAUUGUGGUUUAGAUUUCCUCCAUGGAACACUCAGAAGCUGCAACUCCUUGACUGUGCCUACAAUUACAAUUAUAUUGGAUUACUCCUUGUCAUUCUGGGCUUGAAAAGGUCUAAACGAGCUUCAUAUUUUCACUGAGUGAUGCAUUCACAUGAUCUUCUCUCAACUCUCAAGUUUCUUUUCUGUCUUUGUAUAAAGAGAGGAAAUAUUUCUCAAAACAAUUAUGUUUUUAUUUUAUUUCCGAAUAUAAUGCUGUUUGUGUUAUAUCAGCCGAAUAUGACGUGGGUGGGAUGAUGGUGUAGUAUUUAACAUUUUUUGUUCGGAGAAAAUUCUUUCAACCCGAUUUAGAGAUAUGUCCUUUGAGAUAUUG